UGGGGAUCUCUACAAAUCCCGCAUCAGCCCUUUUACCCCAAGGAAGUUCAGACCUCGCCGUGAUUGACUUCUAAAGACUCAUGGUACCUGUGGAAGAAGCCCAAAAGAAGAGGAAAAGGAAAGUAAAGGAGUCAGGAAUGGCUCUCACUCAGGAACUGUUGACAUUCAGGGAUGUGGCCAUAGAAUUCUCUCAGGAGGAGUGGAAAUGCCUGGACCCUGCUCAGAGGGCUUUGUACAGGGACGUGAUGUUGGAGAACUACAGGAACCUGGUCUCCCUGGGAUUCUCUCCUUUUGACCUGAGUGUUAUCUCUUUGUUGGAGCAAGGGAAAGAGCCCUGGACUGUGAAGAGCCAAGUGAAAAUAGCAAGAAACCCCAGUGGGUGGGAAUGGAUCAAAGGUGUGAACACAGAUAUCUCCCCUAAAUGUGUGAUCAAGGAAUUAUUACCAAAACGGAACAGCAAUACAGGAAAAGUAAUCCAAAAAGUGAUGCUGGGAAGACAUGAAAAUCAUGACAUUGAAGACUUUUCAUUGGGGGAAUUCCAGAAAAAGAUACGUGACUUUGAGUGUCAGUGGAGAUAUUAUGAAAUGCAUUACAAAGCAGUGUCUAGAACCCAGACAGAAAAUCUCACUGGUAGAAGAGAUCAACGUAAUAGAAGGGAUGUAGGAAACAAACCUAUUAAAAAUCAGAUUGGAUUAAGCUUUCCGUCACAUCUGGCUGAAGUGCAUCCAUUUCAAGCUGAAGGGAAAAUUUAUGAAUGUAAUCAAGUUGAGAAGUCUAUCAACAAUGCUUCUUCAGUUUCAGCACUUCAGAGAAUUCCUUAUAGUGUUAAAACACACAUUUCUUAUAGUGGGAAUGAUUUUAUCCAUUCUUCAUUUUUCACACAAAGACAAAAAUCACACAUUAGAGAAAAACCUUACAAAUGUAAUGAAUGUGGCAAAGUUUUCAGUUACGAGUCACACCUUACAAGUCAUUGGAGAAUUCAUUCUGGAGAAAAACCUUACCAGUGUAAUGAGUGUGGCAAGGUUUUCCGCCAAAAUUCAUAUCUUACACUUCAUCGGAGAAUUCAUACUGGAGAGAAACCUUACAAAUGUAGUGAAUGUGGCAAGGUCUUCAGUUACAAGUCAUCUCUAACAAAUCACUGGAGAAUUCAUACUGGAGAGAAACCUUACAGGUGUAAUGAGUGUGGCAAAGUCUUCAGCCAAAAUUCAUACCUUAAACUUCAUCGGAGAAUUCAUACCGGAGAGAAACCUUAUACAUGUAAUGAAUGUGGCAAGAUGUUCAAUCAGAUUUCACACCUUGCAAGGCAUCGGAGAACUCAUACUGGAGAGAGGCCUUACAAGUGUAGUGUGUGCAGUAAAGCAUUUGGUGAGCGUUCAAGCCUCACCACCCAUCAGGUAAUCCAUAAUGUUGAGAAACCUUAUGCAUGUAAUGAAUGUGGCAAGGUCUUCAGUCACAAGUUAUCCUUAGCAAAUCAUUGGAGAAUUCAUACAGGAGAGAAACCUUACAAGUGUAGUGAAUGUAGGAAGGUGUUCAAUCAAUAUUCACACCUUGUAAAACACCGGAGAAUUCAUACUGGAGAGAGACCUUACAAAUGUAAUGAGUGUGGCAAAGCCUUUAGUGUGCGUUCAAGCCUAACUACCCAUCAGGUAAUCCAUACUGGAGAAAAACCUUACAAGUGCAAUGAGUGUGGCAAGGUAUUUAGUUAUAGGGCAGAUCUUGGAAGUCAUCGGAGAAUUCAUACUGGAGAGAAGCCUUACAAAUGUAAUGAAUGUAGCAAGGUGUUCAGUAAAUAUUCAUACCUUGCACAACAUAAAAGAAUUCAUACUGGAGAAAAACCUUACAUGUGUAAUGAGUGCGGCAAAACCUUUAGUGGACUUUCAAACCUAAUUACCCAUAAGGCAAUUCAUACUGGAGAAAAACCUUACAAAUGUAAUGUGUGUGGCAAGGUCUUCAGCCAGAAUUCACACCUUGCAAGUCAUCACAGAAUCCAUACUGGAGAGAAACCUUUCAAAUGUAAUAAAUGUGGCAAGGUCUUCAGUCAAAGUUCAAACCUUUCAAGACAUCAACGAAUUCACAGUAGAGGGAAACUUUACAAAUGUAAUGAAUGUGGCAAGGUCUUCAGUCACAGUUCACUCCUUGCACAACAUCAGAGAAAUCAUUCUUUAGAGAAUCCUUACAAGUUCAGUAACUGGCAAACCUCAAAAGUUUAGGCAUUAAUCAACAUCAGGGAGUCCAUACUAAAGAAAAAUCAUAUAAAUGUAGUAGUGC